AUGGAGCUGCCGGCGCAGCUGCGCUCGCUGCUCGCGUCCGCGGAGCGCGCGCUCGCGCCCGACCGCCUGCCGCUCGAGGCGGCGCUCUUCCCGUGCAAGGCCGCCGGCGCCUGCGGCUGCGGCGCCCGCCAGCGCCGGCCCAGCGUGCCGGUGCGCGACUCCGCCAUGCAGACGUGCCCGCUCUUCGAGGUCGCCGGCUCGCUGCCGCACAUCGACAGCGACGACGACGACGACGUCGCAGCUCCACCUGUCGAGGCAGCCGCGCCGCCCCUGCAGCCGCCGGCGCACGAGGACCGUUCUACCAGCACUGACGAAGAGUGUUGCCCCCUGGUGGCCACACCGAGAAGCAUCACUGAAGUCCCCGACCGCCUCCUGAUGGCGGGAAUCACCCUACCAGGAACGCAUGACGUCAAAGGGCGUCCGCUGAUCAUGAUCGACUCGCAGAGCGUCGCCAGGGCGUCGCUGGACCGCCACCAGGUGGCGACGCUGCUGCUCUACUACGCCUCCAUUCCCACGGAGGAGCGGCUGUCGGGCGGCGUGUGCGUGCUGGUGGCGUCGUGCGGGGGCGGCGAGGCGCCGUCGCUGGAGCUGGUGGACCAGGCGCUGUCUCUGCUGGCCGCCGCCGGGGGGCCCGCCGUGGGCUGCGCGCUGCUGUGGCGGCCUGCGGGACGCAAGGCCAGGCCGGGGCAAGCGCAGGCGCAGCCGGCCCCCGCCGCGCUGGCCGCCUCGGGAGUCCAGGUGCGCCCCGCACUGCUCCCAUCACACCUUGCAACUCUGCCCCACGCUGCCCUCCAGUACUAA